AUGCGCAACACAUUCAAUCUGGCAGUUGUUCUCCUGCUUGGCGGCUGUCGUUUCGUUCUUUCGCAAAAUGGCUAUAACGGGGUUACAAUUGAUUUGGAUGGGACUCUGAACUGUCCUCCUGAUGCGAAUAGAAGGUCCUACUGCGCUGGGGAUUCAAAUUCUACAGAAUUUAUUGUACAUUGCGAUAAUGGUAAUGCCAGAUUGGGCGCUUGCUCGCUGGAUCUAGUCGGUGUGCAGCCUGCUGGUGUUAAACUAGGUGCUACCUGCUUCGAGGAAUCAAAAACAGCAGGUGAUGCCGUAUGUGUCUACGAUGGGAAGGAAUUCGAUACCAGGCCAUUUCCUUCAGGCGCUACAGCGACUCCUACUCGGGUCGGGGAGACACGGCCCACUGGUACUGGUGUAUCCACGGUCCCUGUAGAUGAUAUUGCAGUUUAUAUCAUGGAUGGAAUCAGACAUGUCUCAAAUUAG